AUGGCGGGGCGGUGGCCGCGGGGCGCCGGACCCCUCUGGGCGCUGGGGGGCGCCGCGCUGGGGGUCUGCCUUGCGGGCGUCUCCGGGCAGCUGGUGGAGCCCAGCACAGCCCCGCCCAAGCCCAAGCCACCCCCACUGACCAAGGAGACCGUGGUGUUCUGGGACAUGCGCCUAUGGCACGUGGUGGGCAUCUUCUCGCUCUUCGUGCUGUCCAUCAUUAUCACUCUGUGCUGUGUCUUCAACUGCCGCGUGCCGCGGACCCGGAAGGAGAUCGAAGCCCGGUACCUGCAGAGGAAAGCUGCCAAGAUGUACACGGACAAGCUGGAGACCGUGCCACCCCUCAACGAGCUCACGGAGAUUCCUGGAGAGGAUAAGAAGAAGAAGAAGAAGGACAGCGUGGACACAGUGGCCAUCAAGGUAGAGGAAGAUGAGAAGAAUGAGACCAAGAAGAAGAAGGGGGAGAAAUGA